GAUGCGUCAUUUCUGCUAGCUCAGUGAUGGUCCAGGGACAACCGCUGUGGCUCUUUCUCCUUCUCCUGCAUGGGUUCGGAAUGAAGAGUUUGGUGAAACCUGCUGCAGUUUUGUAAUUUUGCAAUCCCAGCAUCAAGCUGAUGUAGCAUAGUCAGUAAAUGCAUAGAUGAGCUGCAAAAUCAUUCGCUCGUCGACGAAUUUGAUCCAGCUGUGGCCUUGUGGGCUCGUUAUUACCUCUCUGGUUAUGUCACGCUCAGAACAAAUACAAUGAAUGUAAUGCCGUGCUUUUAAGCCAUCCUGCGCACAUGACCUGAGUGUGGAAUAAUACUAGUCCGACUCGGGGGACUCAAGGCCAAACGACGGCGCACUCGCAGUCGGCACUGUGCUUGGGCGUUGGAGGCGUGGGACUUUUGCUCAACGCACAUCUGCUAGUUGGUGGUCGAUGGAUGUGACACCGACUGAAGCCGCUGGGACGGCCGAGGUUGCGGCGGAGCACGCACCGGCGUCGGUGGCCAUCCUAAUUCAGCUCUUCGUUCUGGCAGUGGCGUUUGUCAUCGGGCGAGCUCUUGAAAAGAUCAAAUUCCAAUGGAUGGGCGAGGCGGGCGCGGCGCUGCUACUCGGCCUGUUCGUAGGACUCAUAUUGAAGGCGGCGGGCGUGGGCGCCGACCUGGCUUCCACCGUCGCUUUCAAGGGCGGCAUUUUCUUCUACGUGCUACUGCCCACCAUCAUGUUUGAUGCUGGAUACAGCCUGGAUACACGAUCCUUUAUCCGGAACGUGGGCAGCGUGUGCAUGUACGCGUUCAUCGGCACCACCAUCUCGUGCUUCACCAUCGGGCUCAUGAUGUGGGCGUUCGGCAUUUGGGGUUGGUGCUUCAAGAUGCCGCUGCUGGCCAACCUCACCUUUGGAGCGCUCAUCAGCGCCACAGAUCCGGUGACGGUGCUCGCAGUGUUCCAGCGCCUCAACGCGCAGCCCGACCUGUACAUGAACGUGUUUGGAGAGUCGGUGCUCAACGACGCGGUGGGUAUGGUGUUGUACAACGUCAUCUCGGCCUUCCUGGGCGGCAAGGAGGUCACCGUCGGAUCUGUGUUCGCAGGCAUCGGCUUGUUCGUGGGCAUAUUCGUGGGCUCGGCGGUCAUCGGCAUCGCCAUCGGGCUUCUGGCGGCGUUCAUCUUCAGGUCUCGCUACUUCUACUCGGGGCCGGUGGUGGUGGAGCAGGGCGGCUCUUCCUCGGGCGAGCUGGAGGUGUCCGCGCCCGCCGGCAACAGCACAUUUGAGGUGGGCCUGGCGGUGGUGUUCGCGUACGGCAGCUAUUUGGCGGCCGACGCGGCGCGCUGCAGCGGCAUCGUGGCGGUGGUCGUCAACGGCAUGGUCAUGAACAUGUAUGUGCGGCCCAACCUGAGUGAGGCGGCGGAGCACAAAAUUGAGACGCUGUUCAAGACGCUGGCUGGCCUGUUCGAGCUGUUCGUGUUCUCGUACAUCGGCAGUACAAUGUUCCUGGUGGAGGAGGAGUACGACAUCGCUAUGUACACGUUUCUGUGUCUGUUCGCGCUGGCUGUGUCGCGGCUGUUCAACAUCCUGCCCUGCACCGCCGCCAUCAACCUGCUGAGGCCGCGGGAGAGGCACAUCGACAACAAGCAGCAGUUCAUGCUGUGGUGGGCGGGCCUGCGCGGCGCAAUGGCGUUCGCGCUGUCGGUGGAGGCGUCCGAGGACUUUGGCGUGUACGGCAGGGUAAUGAAGACGUGCACGUUUUACAUCAUCUUCAUCACCGUCUUGAUCAACGGCGGCACCUCGGCGUCCAUGUUACAGCGGCUGCGGCUGCGGGCGGAGGACACGCCCGCGCUACUGCUCAACUGCAAGGAGCAGAGCGCGAACCUGGACGGCUUUGGCGGCGGCCCGCGCGCGGAUGGCGACAGCGAGGAGGGCGAGGGCGAGGCAAAGCCCCAUGCGGGCGGACCCCUGGGUCGCAGGCGGGGCAGCCGUCUGUGUGCCUCGGAGCCUGACGACGACGAGGAGGCCCAUGCGGAGGGCGGGGACCGGUUCGCAGCGGGCGGAGGCGGAGGCGACGGCACACUCAGCAGUUCGCGGUCCUUCCGCCAGUCGCUGGCCAGCUCUCUGAAGCGGCCGUCCGAUCUGUUGGAGAGGGUGCGAUCGCUCAACGAUGGACGACUUGUGGACAAGUUUGAUGCCUUUGACCGCAAGAUGUCAAAGGUGCUUAUCCAUCCCGACGCCCGACGCGAGGCCGAGCUCACUGCUGCGGGCGGUCACAACAACUCGCACCCGCAGUCCCACGCCCCGCACGACGCCGCAGCGCAAGCUGCGCACGCGGCGCAUGCCCACGGCUACAGGCAGCCCUCCGGUGGCGGCGGCAACGGCACGACGCACGCAAACCCAGGGCAGCUGUUUGCCGCGCCCGGGCCGUCAGCACCCGAUCUGGAGCAGUGGUCAGCCGGCGGCGGCGGCAUCUCUGCUGGGGGCGGCGCCUCCGGGGUGUCAGGGCAGCAGCAGCCAGAGGGGCGUGGCGAGAUUGGGAACGCAAAUGUUGGCGCCGGCGGUACGGGAGGAGACCCCGGAGAGUCAAUUGGAAGCGGCCGGUCAGUGGGCGGCACUACUGGUUCGGCAGGGGCAGGGAAGGGGCCCGCCAAGAUCGGGCCUGCUGCGUCGUUUGGGCGAGUGGCGUGGAAGGGCAUGGACGCAUCAGGGCGGGAUGGCAGCGGCAGCGGUAGUGGCAGGACGGCGUCUUAGCGUGCGACGGCGGCGUGGCUGCCGCGUGCGCUAGGUCCGGCGGGGAAUGCCAGGGCCGGGGCACCUGCGGAUAAGAUUGCGGGUGUUACGCAGAUACGGGUGACACCGGCGCUGUGUGAUCGGGAUGAUGGGGAACAAUCGGCGUUGAAGUUUCCUGUGGCCCUACUCGACCUCUGCGAGAACGGUGCAGGGAGCGGGCGAAGCGCCGGAGGCAGUUCAGGCGCGCAGGUUGAGGCCGGCCGGUGUCUAGUUACGGUCUUUGCUGGCGAGCAUAGCACAGCACAGUAUAUGGUAGGCCGCACGCAGCAGUGAGGAGUGUUGUAGCUAGAGGAUUUCCUGCUGUUUGGUGUCCUGUGCUGGCUGUACUGUUGCUUGCCAGCGGGACGUGGCUGGAUACAUCAUGGCGGGCCGUGCCUGUACGAACCGACCCCGGCUAUGUCCGGGAGAUGGGGUAGACGCUUGCGGCCUCAGACUAGAGACGUGGCGUGGGCUCAGCCCACUUUUCCCAUGUCCUGUGGUGUUCCGGGGUAACAGCACGUUCACGGGUUGGUGGCGGUGCUUAGACUUAAGGGCGCAGCCAGCGGUAACAGUAGACAGUACGACAUCGGUCCAUUGCAGCCGAGUACCUGCUGCGAGUCAUAUGCUUAAGUCCUGCAAAGUGAAUGUCGAUUGGUGGCUGGCUCCAUGUGUUGCCUGGGAGGCUCAACAGGUAGGUACACAGAGGCCUGAGAAAGCUCUCAAGCUCAACAGGCUGCACUGGGCUACACAACAGCUGGUUUGCAGCGAUUGGGUGGCUGGCAAUGCACUUGACGCGCCACACACACAUGCGCACACACGCAAUGAUAUAUGAUGCAUGUUUCAGUGCGUGAGGGCUCAGGUGUUGGACGAUGAUCAACGGUGCAUUCUCGUGUGCAGGCGUGUGUAGGCGUGGACGUGGCGGAUGCGGCAGGCGGUAGCAUGGCGCAGCGGUUUGCGGGUUGGGUGGCUACGGUAGACUUCUGCAGGAUGCUUCAAGUGGCGGGGCGUGUUACGAAUGUUGUGCGAGACAUAUAUGACAUACGUGGUUACAGUGUAUGCGAUCUUGCAUCCUUGGGUGUGCACCCGGCAGAGAGCCAGCAUGGAUGGCCCUAAUGCACCAUGGGGGCAUGCCGCAUCCGUGGAGAGUACUGUAUCUCCCAGGCCAGGUUGGCCAUACGCCAGCACUUGCAAGCGCUGGAGUCAACAAGCAACGCAUACGUGUGAAAAACCC